GUAAUGUAUCGAAUUUCACCAUCACUUUACAAGAUCCUUGAAUACCUAGGUAUCGUACCUUUGGACACCGAACCUUGAUAGUGGUCAAGUCACGUGCUAGAUGCCUAUUUGCCUGCGUCUGCGCCUGCACCUGCGCUUCUUCUCUCCUCCAGUUUUCAAAUCUGCUGUACGAGUACUCGUAUUAUUGAAAAUGGCAAAACCACCACUUGAACCUCCGUCCCCUCUAUCUUACACCUCCCGCAUCUCCUCCACCAGUACCAAGACUGCCACGAGUUACCUAUGGGGCAUUUUUGAGGAGAAUGUGGUGGGACAGCUUGGCCGGGCCUCGGCUCUAUGACACUUCGACCACCAGACCCAAGCGCCAAAAUGGGUGAUAUCCAGAGCGAGUAAAAGUGCAUUCGUCAACGAUGUGGCUGCGCGGGAAAUCCCCACUGGGCCCUUUACAGGCCUUGACAUCGUACACAGAGACAUCCAUUCUAUGGCUUCCCAGACAGGGCAUUACUGGUAUCAUACCAGGCAUACAUUCGAUGGACAAAAACAAAUCCACACUCUGUAGAGAUGAAGCAUUCUGAUGGAGUCAGGAAUCUAUCCGAGUCCACACAUGUCACGCAACUAUGUCAGGACUUAUUCAUCACCUUCGGCUAAGGGCUUGGGCCCUGGAUUACGGACAAGGUCCCUGCCCCCCCAAAAGCGAAAAGCCGUGGAGAUUUUCCGCUUCGCCUGCCCACGCUGCGGGGACUCCAGACAAAUGUUCGGCAGAUCAAGGUUUGUCCCUGUGUGACGGCGACGAAUGACCAUGGAGGUCAAUUCAAUUUGGCCACUCAUCCCGCUCCGAUGGGGUCCUAAGGGGACCUACGAACUCGCCCUAAGAAGGUCAUGGACCAAAUGGUCUUUCAAGCUAAAUACCACGGCAUGGUACCAUUUUCUUCUGCUUCAACUUGUAGGAUCGUUUCUGCCACACAAGCCACCGUGACUAUUGCCUAUCUUUGCUGGUUUGACUCGACGCCCAAGUCCGUGCAAACAAGCAAGCUAGCAAAGAGACGAAACUCGUAAUUCCGCAAAACCAAGAGAGUUCGUGCGUACGCCCACCACCAUGGGUUCUGUCGGAUAUCAGGUAGUUGAUGAGAAGUACUCCAACCCUCUUAUCUCAGAGCGCGCCGUAGAUGAACCUCGGCCGUUAAAGGUCAUCUUCGUUGGCGCAGGGGUCUCUGGAAUACUCGCGGCCAUUCGCUAUCCAGAAUUUGUUCCAAAUGUCGAGCUCGCCAUAUAUGAGAAAAACGCUGAUGUUGGAGGUACAUGGUGGGAGAACAGAUAUCCCGGUUGCGCUUGUGAUAUCCCCGCCCACUCUUAUCAGUUGACUUUUGAGUCUUCGGUGGAAUGGACCAAGUUCUAUGCCGGAGCGCCAGAGAUUCUCAAGUACUGGCAAAAGGUUGCGGACAAGUAUAAUGUCAGGCGAUUCAUGAACUUCAACCACAAAGUCAUUGAGGCCCGCUGGAACGAAGAAACAUCGAAAUGGCAUGUGAAGGUCCAGAAGCUGGGCAGUGACGAAGUCAUCGAAGACGUGGGUGACGUCCUUAUCACCGGAACUGGUGCCCUUAAUGAAUGGAAAUGGCCCGACAUCAAGGGCAUUCAUGACUUCAAGGGAAAGCUGCUCCACAGUGCGAACUGGGAAACCGAUUACGACGUCACGGGCCAAAACAUUGCCGUGAUUGGUGCAGGCAGCAGUGGAAUCCAGAUUGUACCAGCGCUGCAAUCAAAGGUCAAGUCGAUGGACCAUUACGUUCGCGGACGGACAUGGAUUGCUGCAUCCUUUGGCUGCGAACUAGUCCGGGAACGAAACAACGGCAAGGAUGGCAACUUUGAAUACAGCAAAGAAGAAAUUGAGGGAUGGAAGAAGAACCCCGAAAGCUAUGUCGAGUAUAGAAAGGCCCUAGAGGUCGGCAUGCAAGGAGGAUUUGCCGUGACACACACUGGAUCCAAAGAACACGAAGGAGCCUGGAUCAUGUUCAAAGAAGACAUGAACAAGCGCCUGGCGAAGAAGCCAGAGAUUGCCCAACACCUCAUCCCUGAAUUUCCUCCUCUUUGCAAACGACUCACUCCUGGACCAGGCUACUUGGAAGCCUUGAUAGCUGACAACGUCAACGUGAUCCAAGAUCGGAUAGCCUCCAUUGACGCGACUGGAAUCAUCACCGAAGACGGUGUCCACCGUCCCGUGGAAACUAUCGUAUGUGCCACCGGCUUCGACACAUCAUUCCAAGGCCGAUUCCCCAUCUACGGCCGCGGCGGCAUCAACCUUCAGGACCGAUACAAGGCCAAGACCGAAACAUACCUCAGUGUGGCCGUUGACGGAUUCCCCAAUUUCUUCCAAUCCCUCGGCCCGAACGCUGGCGUCGGCAACGGCAGUCUACUACUCAUCGCCGAAGUCGUGGCCGGGUAUAUUGGACAACUACUGGACAGACUCGCCAAUGGCGACAUUCGCGCCCUGGAACCCAAGCGAAAACAAGUCGAGAACUUUACCAACUACUGCGACGCAUUCUUCAAACGUACCGUCUUCUCCGCCGAGUGCAACAGUUGGUAUAAAGCAUCUCCUCCAGGCGCUACAGCCGAAGAACGGAAAAACGGUCGUAUCACAGCCCUGUGGCCCGGUAGCAGUAUGCACGCGAUGAAGUGUCUUUCCAAGGUUCGGUUCGAGGACUAUGAUAUGACUUACUAUGAUGCUAAUGAGUUUGGAUGGUUUGGCAAUGGAUGGACCGUGGCGGAACGAACUCACGAUGCCGAGGGUUUGAGCUGGUAUAUCAACAACACGAGAUUCGUUCAUGACCCGCUGAAGAAAAAGCCUCAAGCGCAGAUUGAGGAUGGGAAGGUGAUUACGAAGAAUCAGGACCAGGUUCCCGUGGUGACUAACGGCGAUGAUACUCAUGGUCAUAAAAUUCCGAAUGGAAUUGUGGCGACUUGAUCGAUGAUGGUGGCCAGUUAAGAUUCCAAGAUUCAAGAUUCUGUUCUGUGCUGGCGUUUUCGGGUCAUAUAUUCAUAUAUUCAUUUUGUAUAUAGCAUCCAUGAGUUUUCAAUGGAGAUACGUAUCCU